AUGCUGCUCCUGACACUGGCAUUGUUUGCAGUUCUCUUCUCAGCUGGAGACACUCGAGAUGCUCUCAGAUGGCUGACUUCUUUCCAUGUCAUCCAAAUCUCAUCCUUUUUCAACAGUACCUGGGUACAAAAUCGAGGCUCAGGCUGGUUGGGAGAUAUGCAGAUCCAUGGCUGGGACAGUGACUCAGGCAGUAUCAUACUACUGAAGCCCUGGUCUAAAGGCAACUUCAGCAAUGAUGAAAUUUUGGAGAUGGAGGAGCUGUUUCGAGUGUACUUCUUGGGAUUCGUCAGAGAAAUCCAGGAACGUAGCAGCGAUUUCCAGAUGGAAUACCCCUUUGAGAUCCAGGGCAUAGCAGGCUGUGAGUUGCAGUCUGGAGGUGCUUUUCAAAGCUUCUUGAUGGCAGGUUUAGGGGGCCUGGAUUUCCUGAGCUUCAAGAAUUAUUCAUGUUGGCCAGCCCCAGAAGGUGGCACCAGGGCACAGAAGAUCUGUGCAUUAAUCUCACAGUACAAAGGAAUUUGUGAUACUGUGGAAAAUCUCCUCAUAAAAACUUGCCCCAGAUAUCUGAUGGGUGUCCUAGAUGCAGGGAAGGCAGAUCUGCAGAAGCAAGUGAAGCCUGAGGCCUGGCUGUCCCAGGGACCGAACCCUAGGCCUGGCCAUCUGCAACUGGUGUGUCAUGUUUCUGGCUUCCAUCCAAAGCCCGUGUGGGUGAUGUGGAUGCGGGGUGAGCAGGAGCAGCCUGAAACUCAGAGAGGGGACGUCCUGCCCAAUGCUGAUGACACAUGGUAUCUCCAAGUGACCCUGGAUGUGGCAGCUGAGGAGGCCGCUGGGCUGUCUUGCCGAGUGAAGCACAGCAGUCUGGGAGGGCAGGACAUCGUCCUCCACUGGGGACACUCCAUCUCUAUUGGCUGGAUUAUUUUGGCAGUAAUACUGCCCUCUUUGAUCAUUUUGCUCUUCUUUGUAUUAUGGUUUUAUAGGCGCUGGUCAUAUGAGGACAUCUUGUGA